UGGGGAAGGCGCUGACCCACCCAGUGUGGGAGGGGUAGAGGGAAAGCCCUCAGGGGCCAGGUUCGGGACCCCGUAGGCAGGGUUAGAGGGCUUGGACUUGAUCCUGACAGGUGAUGGGGAGACACAUUGCUACUUAUGUGCACAGUGGCGAGAUCCCUGAAGAAAACACCAUCCCCCACCCCCACCUCCCAUAUAGUAAACCAGGUGGUGCUCCCAGGGGGGUGAUGGGAAAUCCUACUUAGUACCCUGAGGCGAGGGGUUCCAUGCCCUCCAUGUGUGCAACUACUCCGGGCCCAGGGAAACAUCGGGCCCCAAGCGGUAACCCCUGACCGGUCGGGGUUUCCCAGUUCACAUUAUGACCGAAUGGUCUUGCCAGCCAGCCAACUGGAGACACCCUGACCUGUUUACCCUGAUCCUUCACUCUCAGAAUUAAUCACAACUUGUCAAAGGGGGUGGCCUGCAGUGGGGUGGACAGCUCUGUCAAUGCCACUGUGUGUCUAGCAUCUCCUAGGGUCGGGUGCGGGGAAGGGAGGUGUAGGAUGAAACCCUAGAAGCCUCAGGCAGUUGUGAUCCGAUGGGCUGGAUACUGAAGACCACCCCUGCCUUGACCUCAGUUUUCAGUAUCUUCAUCUGUAAAACGGGAACAACGUGCCUUCCUCCUAGCCCCAAAGGGGCUGCAGUGAAGAUUGGCUGAGAUAGCUGUUUGCAAGCUGAGCUCAAUGAAAGUUCAUUGUGUCUCCCUCAGUCCUAUCCCAGUGUCGUCCCACUGCGAAGGAAGGUGGGGGGCAGCUUAACUUCAAGGGCACUUCGAGGAUAGCCAGGUGGCUGUCAAGCCAGCUGUCCAGCACAGAUCGGGAUCUUGACAGAAGGGUUGACUGGGAGGGGCGGUUGCUGGUUUGGGCUUUGUUAGGUUGCAUUUUUGUUUGUUGUCCUUUCCUUUCCCUGGGGCAGCACCCCUUCCAGCAAGCUCCAUGCCUUCCUCUGGAACACUCCGAGAGCCCAGCCUCUGCUGGUGCCCGAGCUUAAGCCAGGCCAGCUAAGGGGAUCCUGGAUUCACACUGCCUCACAGUCACUCAGAUUGUUAGCAGAAGACAAAAAUUGCAAGGGGAGGGCUUCAUUUGGUUCUUACACAUCCUCCAAAUCCAGCAGACACCUUGGAAGCCACAGUUAGCUUCUAGAAACCCAUUUUACCAAUGAGAACCUGAGGUGGAAAAAGGACAACUGGAGAUCUCUAAGUCUCUGAGCCCACACUCCCUGCCUCCGCACACCUCCAGGCCCUCUGCUGGCAGGAUCUUGGACAACUGCCCACAGCGUUUCCCCCGUCUGUAAAAUGGAAGUCAUACCUUCCUCCUAUGGCCAGUGAGAGACUAAAUUAAAUUAAAGACUAAAUUCAGGUGUCAAGACACCUGAAACUCCCGGCACAAUUUAAGUUGCUUUUAAGUGGUCACAGUUGUCAUUAGAUGGAAGUCAACACCCCAAUCAUUGUAAAGGUGCCCAUAUACCCCAAGAUCUAGAUUACAGACCUCACAGUUUAUUAUAUACGGCGAAUAAACACACCUUUGCCCACAUUUACAUGUAUUUUACGGACCAUGUUUCACACCAGUCCGCAUGCACAUCUGCACGUGUGUGCAUUCGGAAGUAUUUACCAAGCACCUGCCAACUGCCAGGACCCAUCCUCCACACCCAGCGUGAACUGUCCUGGACCAGUCCCGGGAGCCGCGGUUCUCACCAGCCGCGCUGACCCUGGACAAUUCCUGGAGCUGUUUUGUGAGAAAGACACGCCAUUUGUUUGCAGAGUUCUGACUUCUGAGAGGUCAUGUAGCACACGUUUGGUACUCAAACGCUGUCACUCACGACCAGGAGCGAUGGCUGUAAUGCCUUUUCCUUUGCUUUGCUUUCCGGUGCCGGGAUCCUUUGCCUCCCGCCGCCACCCCUGGUCAGCUCUGCGCAAGAACGUCUUUCUGUUUGGCAGCCAGGCCGAGACGCAGCCCGAAUGUGAGCAGGAACUCGGAUGAAGGGAAGGGAGAGAAUCAGAAAGAAGGCCCGGGAGGGACCCGGGAAGCAGUGGGAGGUCUGCGCCCUGGAGCCCCGCGAGAGCCCGCCGGUUUGGCACCGGCUCCUCCAGGGCCGCCCGGCGGUCCAACAAAGGCCGGCCCCGACACGCACCCGGUCUUUUGUGAGAGAGAAACACAAAGAGAAGGGAAAAACACGGAGAAGGCCAACAGCACCAGGACGCGGGAGCCAACCAGGAACUCCCGGAGCCGGGGCCCAUUAGCCUCGGCAAGUGAGCACUCCAUUUCCGAGGAAGGGGCCCCAGCUGCGUGCGCGCGCUGGUGGGAACCGCAGUGCCUGGGACCCGCCCAGGUUGUCUGUCCGGGGCGCCGGGCGCAGGACCCGGACAAGUGAUGGGGACGCCUCCAGGACGCACCAGGGCAAGCUCGGGCCCUGGGAUCUAAUUUCUAGUUAUUCCUGGGAGGGGGUGGGGAGGCAUAGGAGACACAGCGAGAGGUACUCGGCAUCCGAUUGACACCAGGGCUAAGGGAGCCCAGGGGCGACACAAACUUCCCCGACCUCCCAAGCUACCCUGUGGAAGGGAGGAUGUUGAGGGAAGGCUGCCGGGUGAAGAAGGGGCCAGCAGCAGCACAGAGCUUCGGACUUCGCCUUCCAGGCUCUAGACUCGCGCAGUGCCAAGACGGGCCCCUCGACUUUCACCCCGAUUCGCAACUCCAGCCACUGGACCGAGCGUGCAAAGAACCUCAGACCGCUUGCUCUCACCGCCGCAAGUCGGUCGCAGGAUAGACACGAGUGGGCAGCAACAAAAAAGGAAACCGGGUUCCGGGACACGUGCCGGCGGCUGGGCUAACCUCAGCGGCUGCAACCAAGGCGCGCGCACGUUGCGCCUGCUGGUGUUUAUUAGCUACACUGGCAGGCGCACAACUCCACGCCCCGACUGGCGGCCCCACAGCGCGCACCUCCACACAUGUCCUCGCUGCUGUUGGCGGGGCAGGCCCGAAGGAGGCAUCUUCAAAUGCGCGAGCCCUUUCUGAUCCCCACCCCCGCUCCCUGCGUCGUCCGAGUGGCAGAUUCUACUAAUUGAACGGUUAUGGGUCAUCCUUGUAACCGUUGGACGGCAUAACACCACGCUUCAGUUCUUCGUGUUUUAAAUACAUAUUUAACGGAUGGCUGCAGAGCCAGCUGGGAAACACGCGGAUUGAAAAAUAAUGUUCCAGAAGGCACGAGACUGGGGCGAAGACGAGAGCAGGCUGGGCUUCUAGCUUAGACCGCAGAGGGAGACAUAUCCCAGAACUAGGGGCAAUAACGUGGGUUUCUUUUUAUAUUUGCUUAUUUUGUAACUUUGCUACUUGAAGUCCAAUUAUUUACUGUGCUUAUUUGCUUGUUUUUAAAACCGUACUUGCGCAGUAAAAGUUUCCCAACAACGGAAGUAACACGACGUUCCUCACGCUCCCUAGGAGACUGUAGGUGUGUACCCGCUCGCGCGCUCACAGUGUCAAGUGCUAGCUAUCCGAGAUCUGCAGAAACAAAUUUUCUGAAUUCGAAAUGUAUAGAUGUUAGAAAUUCAGCUCGGGGAACAGGUUAGGGAUUAGGGGAGACAGGCUGCUGCCCGUACUAUAAGGAACCGCCAACGCCAGCGUCUGUAGUCCAAGCAGGGCGGCGCUGUAAACGCUUAGCAAUUUUUUCUGUAGGCUUGCUGCAGACAGUCUCUGGGUUUUCCCAUUUGUAAAAUGGGUGAAUGCAUUCGUACCUCAGCUACUUCAGUGAGGUGCUUCUCCAGUUUGGGCUUAAUUCCUCAUCGUCAAGAGUUUUCAGGUUUUAGAGCCAGCUUGCAAUCAGCAAAACAUGUCCCAACGCAGUCGCGAGUGGUUCGAUCUCGCUGUCUGGCCCACAGCGUGGAGAAGCCUUGCCCAGGCCUGAAACUUCUCUUUGCAGUUCCAGAAAGCAGGCGACUGGGGCAGAAGGCUCUUUGCUAACCUUUUACAGCGUAGCUCUGCUCGGACUACAGAUGCCAACCUUGCCUCUGCCCCAAGACGUGUGGCGAUCACAAAGAUGACACUGAAAAUACUAUCAUCCGGCUCCGCUGCUAACAAAUAGAGGGGUGUUUAACUACAAGCACGACUCUGCCCUGGUGCUAGCGUGGCUACCGUGCGGAAAUAACUCGUUCCUGUACCCACACCAUCCUCAACCUAAGGAGAGUUGUGAAUUCUUUCAAAACACUCUUCUGAAGUCCGUCCCCUCCCUCCUUGUCCGCCCUCUGCCCCUCAAGGCCCUGCCCCCAGCUGGGGGCGCUACCGGCUGCCCGCGGAGCUGCAGUCACAGCCACCUCCUAGACGCGCGAGGAGAGCACCAAGAAAGUGGGGACUUUGUGCCUGGGCAUCGUUUACAUUUGGAGCGCCAAAUGCCCACGUGUUGAUGAAGCCAGUGAGAUGGGAACAGGAGGCGGGAAACCAGAGAGAGGAAGAGCUAGGGAGGAGACCCCAGCCCCGGAUCCUGGGUCGCCAGGGUUUUCCACGUGCAUCCCAAAAGGAGCGGCUGCGUGGGGCAUCACGUUAGUUUGUUAGACUCUGCAGGGUCCCCAAACCAUCCCGUCCCUCAGCCUUACUGUAUGGUGGCCGUAUUUUUUACAGAAAUCUGACUACGUUCCCUUUCUCCCUCGGUCCCAAGAGCGCUCAGCCCUCUCUCCAUCCCCCUUGAGCCCGCCCCUCUCCUCCCCCUGGCCUCCUCGGGUCCCUCCUCUAGUCCCUCCCUAAGAAUCUCCCGGCCACGGGCGCCCAUUGGUUGUGCGCCGGGAGGAGGCGUGUGCCCGGCCUGGCCAGUUUCAUUGAGCGGAAUUAGCCCGGAUGACAUCAGCUUCCCAGCCCCCCGGCGGGCCCAGCUCAUUGGCGCGGCAGCCCCUCCAGGACACGCACAUUGUUCCCCGCCCCCGCCCCGGCCACCGCUGCCGCCGUCUCCGCUGCCACCGGGCUAUAAAAACCGGCCGAGCCCCAAAAGGUGCGGAUGCUUAUUAUAGACCUACGCGACACCAGUGCCCGGAGCCAGGUUCUCCGCUGAGGCUUCUCGGAGCGAGCUCCUCGAAUCGCAUCCACAUUUCGGGUCCUAGGGAAGGAGGACCCUGCGAAAGCUGCGACGACUAUCCUCCCCCGGGGCCAUGGACUCGGACGCCAGCCUGGUGUCCAGCCGCCCGUCGUCGCCAGAGCCCGAUGACCUUUUUCUGCCGGCCCGGAGUAAGGGCAGUAGCGGCAGCGCCUUCACUGGGGGCACAGUGUCCUCAUCCACCCCGAGCGACUGCCCGCCGGAGCUGAGCGUUGAGCUGCGCAGCGCUAUGGGCUCUGCGGGCGCGCAUCCUGGUGACAAGCUAGGAGGCAGUGGCUUCAAGUCAUCCUCGUCCAGCACCUCGUCGUCCACGUCGUCGGCGGCCGCGUCGUCCACCAAGAAGGACAAGAAGCAAAUGACAGAGCCAGAGCUGCAGCAGCUGCGUCUCAAGAUCAACAGCCGCGAGCGCAAGCGCAUGCACGACCUCAACAUCGCCAUGGACGGCCUGCGCGAGGUCAUGCCUUACGCGCACGGCCCUUCGGUGCGCAAGCUUUCCAAGAUCGCCACGCUGCUCCUGGCGCGCAACUACAUCCUCAUGCUCACCAACUCGCUGGAGGAGAUGAAGCGACUGGUGAGCGAGAUCUACGGGGGCCACCACGCUGGCUUCCACCCGUCGGCCUGUGGGGGCCUGGCGCACUCCGGGCCCCUGCCCGCAGCCACCGCGCACCCGGCAGCAGCGGCGCACGCAGCACAUCACCCGGCGGUGCACCACCCCAUCCUGCCGCCCGCUGCCGCAGCGGCUGCUGCAGCCGCUGCCGCUGCGGCGGUGUCCAGCGCCUCUCUGCCCGGUUCGGGGCUGCCGUCGGUCGGCUCCAUCCGUCCACCGCACGGCCUACUCAAGUCUCCGUCUGCUGCCGCAGCCGCCCCGCUGGGGGGCGGGGGUGGCGGCAGUGGGGGCAGCGGGGGUUUCCAACACUGGGGCGGCAUGCCCUGCCCCUGCAGCAUGUGCCAGGUGCCGCCGCCGCACCACCACGUGUCGGCCAUGGGCGCCGGCAGCCUGCCGCGCCUCACCUCCGACGCCAAGUGAGCCGACCGGCGCCGGCGCGUUCUGGCGACAGGGGAGCCCGGGGCCGCGGGGAAGCGAGGACUGGCCUGCGCUGGGCUCGGGAGCUCUGUCGCGAGGAGGGGCGCAGGACCACGGACUGGGGGUGGGGGAUGGUGGGGACUCCAGCAUCUGCGAACCCAAGCAACGGGGUCGCGCACAGAGCAGUGAGGAGUGAGGGGAUGUUCGCUCCGGGACCUGAUCGAACCCUCUCUGGCUUUAACCUGCGCUGGUCCAGUAGACACCGUUUUAUGAAAAGGUACCGCUGUGUGCAUUCCUCACUAGAACUCAUCCGACCCCCGACCCCCACCUCCGGAAAAAGAUUCUAAAAACGUGUUUCCCUGAGAGCAUGGCCCGACUUCCAGACUCGGCCUGGGCAGCACUUGGUGGGGGAGGGGGUGUUGUGGGAGGGGGACACGUUGGGGACUUGCUCCCCUUCCUGCUUUCUUGGCCUGGGGGAGACUCCGGGUGGCCGCACUGCAGAAGCAACCGCCCGACCGCGCCCUCCAGGGUCGCCCCUGGCCCAAGGCCAGGGAACACAAGUUAGUUGGAAGCCGGCAUUCGGUAUCAGAAGCGCUUAUGGUCAUAUCCAAGCUCCAUAUCUGGGUCAAUCCACACCCUCUAAGAACUGUGGCGCUCCUCCCCGUCUCUCGUUGAUUUGGGAGAACAUGGUUUUCUAAUAAAUCUGUGGAUGUUCCUUCUUCAACAGUAUGAGCAAAAGUUUAUAGACAUUCAGAGUAGAACCACUUGUGGAUUGGAAUAACCCAAAACUGCUGAUUUCAGGGGCGGGUGCAUUUUAGUUAUUAUUUUAAAAUAGAAACUAUCCCACCGACUCAUCUUUCCUUCUCUAAGCACAAAGUGAUUUGGUUAUUUGGGUACAUAAGAAUGUAACAGAAUUAAGACGCAGUUGCUGUGAAAACAAUUUGGGUUAUUUGGAGGUUCUGUCGGCUUUUUAAAUUUUUCUUUUUUGGAUGUGUAAAUAUAUCAAUGAUGAGGUAAGUGCGCGAUGCUAAGCUGUUUGUUCACAGUGACUGCCAGCCCCACCGGAGUCUAAGCCGGCUUUCCACUAUUUUGGUUUAUUUUUGCUACGUUUAACACAAAUGGUAAACUCCUCCACGUGCUUCCUGCGUCCGUGCAAGCCGCCUCCGCGCUGCCUGCGUUGCAAACUGGGCUUUGUAGCGUCUGCCGUGUAACACCCUUCCUCUGAUCGCACCGCCCCUCGCAGAGAGUGUAUCAUCUGUUUUAUUUUUGUAAAAACAAAGUGCUAAAUAAUAUUUAUUACUUGUUUGGUUGCAAAAACGAAAUAAAUGAGUGUUGAGAUUUUAAAUAAAAUUUAAAG